AAACAAGUUAUCAUGCCUUCUUCGUGUUGCAUUUGAGAAAGCAUUGAAGAUAUUCACGAUUCGUCGGAAUUUCGCUACUUGUUGUGCCUAUAGUGAUCAAUCCGAUCAUGUGAUUUUUUAGCAAAGUGCGGAUUUUUCACCGCCUGUGAUGAGUCGGACGAAAUUUUUAAAAGCUAGAAUUAUAUCCGCCAUUCCACAGGAUACUUCCUGCGCAUCAGACGGGCCCAGGGCUUCUUCAUGUUGUGACUCGCCCUCUUCCUGCUCACCUGCAACAGCUGCUCGCAGCAAGGCAGGACGGUAGCAGCACCACCAUCGCCUCACUCACCACAGCACCAUCAUUGGCACGAGUCACGGCUACAGGUCCUGUUUGUAAGGGUUCUCUUGCUUCUCCCUGCCGUUUCAUGGUUCCUUUUCGUUCUGAAGAGCUGUGCAAAAUUCCCAUCCCUGUUUGAUGGCCAGAAGCUCCACGCCGACAUCUUCAAGACUGGCUUCCAUGAUGCUCGCACAGACAACCCUUUCGUAAGCAGCUGUCCUCUUCUCCCUCCUCGAAAACGUCGGCCCGCCCUCGAUUCUUCGGAUCGCUCGGAAAUGAUGGUCUACGCUCGACUGUCCGCCAUGGACUUGACGAGCUCGGCCGCCUCGAGCUUCCCUUCGCAACAGAGCCCACUUCUCUUUCCCCUCGCCGGACCCCCGAAGCUCAGGCUCGUAUUGGUCCCUUGCGUCCCUCCUCAGCAAGACGGCCCCAAACCCCCUGACGCCAAGAGGGAGGAGCCUCCGCGCGAUUGGAAGUCCAAAGGCAGCCGCCAGCUGAGCCACUGGUCCCGAGCCCGUGCAAUCCGUUACGGCCGGCGUAUCCAUCGCCCGUCUAGCCCGGCAAAUUCCUUCGAUACAAAAUCCCGACUGACGGCGGCGGACGCGACCUCCCCGGAGGCGCUCGCAUCACUACUCCUCCAGAGCGACGACGAGGACGAGGCCGAUAUCACCAAUGGUGGGAAGGCGAUCUACAUGGUGUCGGACGGGACGGGAUGGACAGCGGAGUACACUGUGAACGCGGCGCUUGGGCAGUUCGAACAUUGCCUGAUCAAUCGAGCCUGCGCCGUCCAGACCCACAUCUUCUCUGGGGUGGAGGAUGAGGAGCGGCUGCUGGAGGUGAUCAAGCAGGCAGCAAUGGAAGGGGCGCUGGUGCUGUACACACUGGCUGACCCAAACAUGGCGGAGUCGGCAAAUCAGGCCUGCCAGCUUUGGGGGGUCCAAUGCGCCAACAUACUGGCACCGACGACCGCAGCCAUCGCCACCCACCUUGGCGUCAACCCGUCGGGCAUUCCGCGCGGCAAGGCCCCACUCACCAAGGAAUACUUCCGCCGGAUCGACGCCAUUGAGUUCACCAUGAAGCAUGACGAUGGGGCGCUGCCGCAGAACCUUCACCGGGCCGACAUAGUCCUGGUCGGCGUGUCCCGGACAGGCAAGACCCCGCUGUCCAUAUACCUGGCCCAAAAGGGCUACAAAGUCUCGAACGUGCCGGUUGUCAUGGGCGUGCCCCUGCCGCCGUAUCUCUUCGAGGUCGACCAGGACAAGAUCUUCGGGUUGACGAUUAAUCCGGUCGUCCUCCAAGCGAUUCGGAAGGCGAGGGUGAAGACCCUCGGGUUCUCCGGCAACAGCUCGACCAACUACUCACGGAUGGACCAUGUCAAGGAGGAGUUGGAGCACUGUAGCCGCAUCUUCGCUCAGAACCCCCGGUGGCCGGUCAUUGGUUACCAAUUGAGAAGUCCACAUUGUGAAUUAGAGAAAAUGAAUUCGGAUCAGAAUGUUGUUGAAUAGGUCGGGGAAGUAUUGAUACUGCAGUAUGGUUUCAUGUGGCAUUCGAGGCCAAAAAUCAUCCGUGAGUUUCCCUAAGAAGAGAUGGUGACGGAUGGGGAGAGAACAAAGAAAAGCAGCAUGUAAGACCAAGUUACCACGUCAUCUUCGUUGCCCUUAGAAACAGUAGGAAAUACCUCAAGGCUUGUUAGACUGAAACAGGUCUGAGAUUAUAAUGUCAGUCUUACCAAAGGCUUCCCAUUAAUUAAAUGAUGCGUGGAGGUUUGUGAAUCAUGUUGUGAGAUGGGACGCGGACGUCGACACGUGCAUGGACCAAAGGGUCAAGGUAUGUAUCGUAGUCUAUGAGCUUUACUCUUAUGUCUCAAGAAUCUGCCCCAAAUAUGAAACAUUUAUUCUAUAGACAGAUUUAUGGAACAUUCACAUAUGGUUCAUGCUGCCAAAUGACCCAUGUAGGAUAGGCGGAGUUUGUUUCAUGGUGGUGAAACUUAUUAGUUAGGGAUGUGGGUGCGCUUUCUGUGUUUGUGCAUGUACAUGUGUAAGGAGAGUGAUUCCACUAAUAAUACUAGAAUGUAAUAUUGCAUCAAAAGCUUUUGAUAAUUGGUUCAAAGCCUUCUUAUUGUUUUC